ACUUUGUCAACACUACCGGCACUUUGAAGCAACACUAACUGAAAACAUCUGUGACAAUUGGGAAAAGUUAUUCGAAUUUCUAAAAUUUUUAAAUGUUACGCAGCCUUACCGGCAUAAGGAGAAUGAGCAAACUAUCCACAGUUAUUAAGGAGCUGGAGGCAUUCGCACCAACCGUGUUUGCCGAAAAAUGGGACAACGUUGGUCUUCUGAUAGAACCCUACCGCAAGGAAGGAGCCGAAGAACAUACGGUGAAUAGGAUUUUGCUGACCAAUGAUCUAACGGAGCCUGUGAUGAAGGAGGCCAUUGAGAAGCAAGCCGAACUUAUUAUAAGCUAUCAUCCACCCAUAUUCAAACCGUUGACCAAGAUUACCCAAAACCAUUGGAAGGAGCGUGUUGUAUCUGCCUGUUUGGCGAAUUCUAUAGCUUUAUAUUCACCACACACAGCCUGGGAUAAGGUUGUGGGUGGGGUAAACGAUUGGCUGGCCAAAGUCUUGGUUAUGAAAAGCAUAAAGCCAUUGGUUCAGGAAGUGGGAGCCCUUCCUGGGAACGGUUCGGGACGCUUGGUAGAAACCAAUGUGCCCAUUGGCCAACUGAUUAAUAGACUGCAGGAACACAUCGAGAACUGUGUGCAUGUUGCCUACGCUGUGGGUCACACUGGUAGCACUGUAAUACACACUGUGGGCAUUUGUGCGGGUUCUGGAGCCUCCUUGCUACGAGACGUCCAGGCGGAUUUGAUCAUAACUGGUGAGAUGUCGCAUCACGAACUCUUGGAUUUCCAGCAUAGAGGAACUACAGUUUUGCUAUGCAAUCACAGUAAUUCAGAACGUGGUUUCCUACGCGAAUUUCAGCCCAAAUUGAAUAUAAUGCUCGAUGGUUCCUGUCAGAUUUUCGUAUCGGAGAAAGACAAAGAUCCAUUGGUAACACUGACAAGGACUUCAGCUGCCGGCGAUGCUCCAGUAGCAACUCAACAAACGAACUAAAUUUGCAUUUGUUUUGGAUUUUGUUUAUAAUCAAUAUUAAAUACAACAAUCUGUUUAAUUCUAAA